AGGAAAUUCGUGGCUUAAUUAGUAAGAUUUGGCACAACAAAUUCCCGGAAACAGCCUUCGAACCCUAUACUUCCAUCUUCAUCUUCAUCUACUUCUUCAACCCCUUCCUCUUUCGUUACUCUUAAUUCUCACUCUCCAACUCUCUCUGCUAUACAGACUUCGGAUCUGCCAUGGCAGACCCCUCCAGACCCGUCACCGGCUACCCUGCUUAUCCCAACGGCCGGCCGCCGCCCUCCAAUUCCCAGCCUCAUGGCCAAGCCUAUCCCUACGCUGCUCCUCCUUAUUCCUAUCCUACCCAAUACGCCAAUCCCUACGAUUCUACCCAUCAGAAUGCUCGCCUCUCCUUUCUCCGAGCCCUUAUUGCCGGAAUCAUCGUCGUCUUCAUCAUCACCGCCGUCAUUCUUUUCAUUAUCUGGCUUGUUCUCCGCCCCCAACUCCCUGAGUUUCGCGUCGACUCUUUUCAGGUUACCAACUUCUCCACUGCCUCUCAGUCCCUCUCCGCCUCCUGGUUCAUUGGGUUUUCCGUCUUCAAUCCCAAUAAGAAGAUGACUGUUUCUUACGACUUCAUCGAAUCCACCGUUUUUUAUAAUAACGAGUUCCUUUCCCAGACCCGAGUCCCUCCAUUCACUCAGGAUAAGAGGACUCAAUCUGUUGUUAAUGCCUCUCUCUCCUCUCUCACUGCCUACAUCGAAGCUUCGACUGUGAAUAAAAUUAACGAUGACCGCCGACGAGGGACCGUCAAAUUUAAUGUGGGGGUCUCGGCUGGUGUCAGGUUCCGCGCGGGUUGGUGGAAGACCAGGAGGCGAUUGCUUAGGGUUCUUUGCGAGGACCUGGCGGUUGGCUUGUCGUCGUCGAAUAGCAGCGGUUCCGGUAAAUUGAUACGUGAAUCAAGGGCCUGCAGAGUCGGCAUAUGAGUGAUUUUCUGCUCUUAUAGUCGGCUCUUGAUUUAAUACGACUUAACCCCAUGUUUAAAAGGGAUUUAAUUUUAUUCAAAAAAAAAAAAAAAAAACGAGGAAUUCAUGUAGGCGUAAAUGUACAUGGAUUUUUUAGGCUAUGAGUGAGUAGUAGUAGUCUUUAAGGGGAGGUUGUAUAGUUUAUGAUAUUUUUGCUAUCUGAUUCUGAUGUUGAUUUCUUAUCUCCUCCUUUUUGGAAUAAGGUAAAUGGUUUCUUUUCUUAUUGAGAUGUAUCAAUCUAGGAUCCUGAACUGAGGGAAAUGUAACGAAGUGAAGAAUAUAUGUUGGUGUAUGCAGGCAGGAUAUGAACAACAUUUUUAGUCUCUUCUCUUAA